AUGAGUUUAAAUAGAGUUACGUUGAUAGGUAAUCUUGGUGGAGAUCCUGAAGUUAGAGUCACCCAGAGUGGAACGAAGGUUGCUAAUUUACGUGUUGCUACUAACGAACGGUGGCAAGAUCGAGAUGGUAAUACACAAGAGCAUACGGAAUGGCACCGUGUUGUUUUUUAUAAUAAAUUGGCAGAUAUAUGUGAGCAAUAUUUAGGUCGAGGUCGUCGAGUUUGUGUUGAGGGCAGUAUUAGAACGAACAAAUGGCAAGACCGAGAUGGUAACGAUCGUUAUACGACUGAAAUUCGUGGCCGUAAUAUGAUUAUGUUAGACGGACGUGGUGAUGCAACAGCUUCUGGUGGUGGGUAUCAGUCUGGUUCAACGAGUGAUUUUAGCUCUACAGAUGCGGGAACUGUUGAUAUUGGUGAUGAUGAUAUACCGUUUUAG